AUCAUCAACAGUUUGACGAGAUCAACCGAAUAGAGUGAGUGCUUGCUCUUAACAGUGUGUCGUGCAGUGUCAAAAGUGUUUAGCCACCAAUACUAGCAACGAUGUCGGACAACAAGAAGCUUCUGGCCCUGCUGCAGCGCCCACUGGAGCCAACGUUCUACCCAAAGGACAAUGGCAAAACCGUGGUCGACCUACCGGAAAACUUCCUGACGGAGCGGUACCGUCCGAUCGGCGCCUCACUGCAGAGCCGCUUCGGAAACGAUGCCGAUACGCGCAUCCCCGUAAGGAAUGUGUCGCCGCCGGCCAUUUCCUUCGCGGAGGCUGUACCGCGCCGUGGAGGCUUUUCGCUAUUCAACCCAAAGCACCGUCAAAUUGCGGGCAAUCUUAUCAAUCUGUUUAUGAACCAGCCGGACGUUGAGACGCUGAUGAGCGUGGCGGCUUACUCGCGUGAUCGACUGAAUCCGAUCCUGUUCCAGUACGCGCUGUCCGUUGCGAUUCAGCACCGUCCGGAUACGAAGGAUCUGAACAUUCCCUCGUUCCUGGAGCUGUUCCCGGACUCGUUCGUUGAUCCGAGCGUAUUUCCUAAGCUCCGUGAGGAGGGUGCCAUCGUACAGGCCGAGAACAGAAUGACUAUUGAUAUUCCGAUGAACUAUACUGCAUCCGAUCGGGAGGAUGAGCAGCGUUUGGCCUACUUCCGCGAGGACAUCGGUGUGAAUCUUCACCAUUGGCAUUGGCAUCUGGUGUAUCCGGGCGAGGGUCCCGACCGUGUCGUCAACAAGGACCGCCGUGGUGAGCUGUUCUACUACAUGCACCAGCAGCUGAUCGCUCGCUACAAUGUUGAGCGCUUCUGCAAUCGUCUCGCUCGUGUACGACCACUGACAAACCUGCGUGAGCCUCUGCCGGAAGGAUACUUCCCGAAGAUUAUUCGCAGCUUGAAUAACCGGGCGUUCCCACCGCGUCCACAGAAUACCGUUCUGAGGGAUAUCAAUCGCGUGGAUGAUAGUGUUAUCUUCACCGUGAGCGAUCUUGAACGCUCGGAAUCCCGCAUUGCCGAAAGCAUUGACGGUGGAUACGUCGUGGGCCCCGGUGGUAAUCGUAUUCCUCUGGACGAGCGCACCGGUAUCGAUGUGCUGGGUAACAUCAUGGAACCGUCGGCACUGUCGGUGAACAGCCAGUUCUAUGGAAACUAUCACGGAAACUUGCACAACAUCAUCGCGUACAGCCAUGACCCAGAUAAUCGCUUCCUGGAGGGAUACGGUGUGGUGGGCGAGUUCCAGACCGCUAUGCGUGAUCCAUCGUUCUACCGUCUGCACGCUCAGGUGGACAACAUGUUCCAUCGCUACAAGCGCACGCUGCAGCCGUACAAUGCAAAUCAGCUGAACUACAAUGGCAUCCAAAUCCAAUCGCUUGGAGUGCAGCUGAACCGUGCCAAUGCACCGGCCAAUGUGCUGCUGACGUACUGGCAACGAUCGCAGGUUGAUCUCGCUACGGGACUCGACUUCGGACCGGAAGGAAACGUGUUUGCAUCGUUCACGCAUCUGCAGCACGCGCCGUUCACCUUCAGACUGACGGUGAACAACACUAGCGGAGCUACACGCCGUGGAACGUGCCGCAUCUUUAUUGGACCGAAGGUGGAUGAACGCAACACUGGUCUGACAAUGGAUGAGCAACGCCUGUUGAUGAUUGAGCUGGACAAGUUCACCGUUAACCUAAACCCUGGCACGAACAACAUCGUCCGCCGCUCGGAACAAUCCAGUGUAACCAUUCCGUACGAGCGAACCUUCCGUCAAGUCGCGCUGUCUAACAUCAACGAGCCAAGCACGGAACAGUUCCGCUUCUGCAACUGCGGCUGGCCGCAUCAUCUGCUGAUUCCGAAGGGCACUCCCGAAGGCAUGCAGUUUGAUCUAUUCGCCAUGAUCUCCAACUACGCUGAUGAUACGGUCAACCAGGAGUUUGAUGAGAAUGUUAACUGCAACGAUUCGCACUCGUUCUGUGGACUGCGCGACCAGCUGUACCCUGACCGACGCCCGAUGGGUUAUCCGUUUGAUCGCCGCAUGCCAACCGCUGUGAGAAGUUUGACCGAUUUUACCCGCGGUAACACCAACAUGGCAACGUCGCAGGUGCAGAUCCGUUUCACCAACACUGUCAUUGCCAGAACUUAAACCUGGUUCAAGUGAAUACGUGUUAAACGAUACUUAUUUUUGGCAAACGAUUACUGAGAUAUUUGAUUGGAUUAUUACACUAUAACUUUAUAAAAUUUCACUUGAUUAUUUUCAAAAUAAACGCAAUUUAUUGAUUCGCAGCAUA